AUGGGGAAUCACAGCCGUCCGGGAUGCCAGCCGGUUCUCCCCGCACGUGUGAAUAUCCUCUGUCGCCUCUUGCUUCCCUCUCCUUCGGCUGAUGGUUGUCCCAUCUCUCCCUACCUUCCUACAUCUACCCCCUUCGCUCAUGUUACCGCGUCCCCCCUCCCCGUCCCACAGAGGGAAGCGCGGUCAUCACCUCACACGGAUGCCCACACCUGCGUGUCCGCUCCCUAUCUCUCCCACCUUCCGCUAUCCACUCUCAUCGCCAUCGCCUCCUCCCUCCUCUCACACCUCUCCCUCAUACACCAUCUCAACCACCCUCUCCCCUCUCCCCUCUCCGAUCCCCUUUGCCCCAACCUCCUCUCUCCCCCUUUACUCCCCUCCUCCCUCUCCUCUUCCAGCCCCUCCUCCCUCCCCUCAACAAUUGCCACCAUCCCCUCUCUACUCCACUCCCUCCGCUCCUCCAUCCCUCUCCCCUCUCUCCGCCAACUCUACUCCAUCCCUCUCCUCCCCCCGCCUCCCCCUUCCCCUCCUCCCUCCCUCUCCCCUCCCUCCUCGCCCUCCUUCCUCUCCCAUCACUCCCUCCACCUCCUCCUCGCCCUUCUUCCUACUAAGGCUCCUGCUUCUCCCUCUCCCUGCCAUUUGCCCUCGUCUCCUCCCACUCGCCGGGAUUUUCCGCCUUGUUCGAUCCCUCUCUCUGCUCACCUCCCUCCUCCUCUUCCUCAGCAUCACCUGCGUUUUCCACGUCACCUGCAUCAUCACCCAGUCUAA